CAGCCGUUGCCCUCCAAUCGCUUCCCGACAACCCCACCACCACCGCCUUCACCUUCCUUUCCUCCCACUCUAUUUCUACUCUCAUUUCCUCUUCUCCUCCGUUCCCAGCGCUCAACUUUCCUGCCCGUGCCUUUUGUCUUCCAAUUCUCUUCGAAAUCUGACCCCCCAAAAACAAACAUCGUUUUGUGACCUCUUUUGCCGGUGAUCCAACUUUGAGAUCCUCGUGCAGGGUGCUGCUGUCCUUUUUUCCUCUUCUCUUUCUGGUGUUUCGCUGUUGGUUCUUCUUCAAUCGAUGUUUCUUGGCCUAAAUUGAGAAAUAUUGUUCCUCUCAUCUUUCACCACCCGAGAUGGGCGAUGCGGUACAGCAACCUAAUGGGCAACUGAGGGCUCCGAGAAAUGUCCUGUUUGGCAAGUACGAGAUGGGGAGGUUUCUGGGGCAGGGCACCUUCGCGAAGGUCUACUACGGGAAGAACAUCGAGUCCCAAGAGAGCGUCGCCAUUAAGGUCAUCAACAAGGACCAUGUCAAGAAGGAAGGCCUGAUGGAGCAAAUCAAGCGGGAGAUCUCGGUCAUGCGCCUCGUGAGGCACCCCAACGUCGUCGAGCUCAAGGAAGUCAUGGCCACCAGAGGUAAAAUCUUCUUUGUCAUGGAGUACGUUAGGGGCGGGGAGCUGUUUGCUAAGGUCGCCAAGGGCAAACUUAAGGAGGAUGCUGCUAGGAAGUACUUUCAGCAGUUAGUCAGUGCGGUUGACUUUUGCCACAGCAGGGGGGUCUCCCAUAGAGACCUCAAGCCUGAGAAUCUGCUGUUAGAUGAGAAUGAGGACCUUAAAGUUUCCGACUUUGGCCUCUCCGCCUUACCCGAGCAGCUUAGGAUUGACGGGCUGCUGCACACGCAGUGUGGGACCCCCGCCUAUGUUGCCCCUGAGGUGCUGAGGAAGAAAGGGUACGAUGGGGCCAAGGCCGAUACUUGGUCCUGCGGGGUGAUCCUCUACGUCCUCCUCGCUGGCUACUUGCCGUUUCAAGAUGAGAAUCUCAUGAAGAUGUACAGGAAGGUGUUCAAGGCUGAGUACGAGUUUCCCCCUUGGUUCUCCACUGAUGCCAAGCGGCUGAUCUCGAAGCUCCUCGUGGCCGAUCCCGAGAGGCGAAUCACAAUCCCUGCCAUCAUGCGGAGCCCCUGGUUCCAGAAAGGUUUCAGGAAGCCUGUCGCCUUCUCAAUCCAAGAGAAGGAGGUCGACGAAUUGAAGGAGCAGGAGGAGAGCUUCAGUGCGGAACGGGAGCUCGUGAGGUCGAACUCAAAGCCGCGAUUUUAUAAUGCGUUCGAGUUCAUAUCCUCGAUGUCUUCGGGGUUCGACCUCUCGAGCCUUUUCGAGAGCAAGAGGAAGUCGGCCUCAAUGUUCGCUACCAAGUGCUCGGCCUCGGCCAUCGUCGGGAAGCUCGAGGCAGUGGCGAAGAAGCUCAACUUCGGCUUGCUGAGUGUGAAGGACUACAAGGUGAAGCUGCAGGGGAGAUCGGAGGGGAGGAAGGGGAAGUUGGCAGUGACAGCAGAGGUGUUCGAGGUGGCGCCAGAGGUGGUGCUGGUGGAGUUCUCCAAAUGUUCCGGCGACACUCUCGAGUACAAGAGGUUUUGCGAGGAUGAGGUGAGGCCCGCACUGAAGGAUAUUGUCUGGAGUUGGCAGGGGGAGAACAACUCUCACCAAUAGACGCCGAAAUUCUGACCCAAACAAGUGAAUACUGAUAAUGCACGAUAACCCUAUGCAGGUUUUGAUGGCAAAAGGAUGCGAUUCCUAGUGGCUCUGCGUAUGUAUUAGCCUUUUCAUUCCGGAUUCUGAUUGAUUAUGCAGUGGGUUUUUCACUUGUUCAUGUGAAUAUUUGGUGUGGUGUGGACUGCGGUGCCGGUUGCUGGGACCCGGGCCGGAGUGUGUAUAUACACAAGAAUUUUGGGAAAUCUGAUAGAUAGGCCUUAGGCAGUUUCAAUUGUCUGAGUCUAUUGUCUUGCUUGCUCCACGGCUUAUGGAAUUGUAGUGCAGUGGUGCACGUUCGAGGUCACAGGUUCGAUACAUACAGUGAGAAUACCCGUGCUCUUUUAUUAGUUAUUUAGGAUUUUUCUAUUAUUGUUCUAGGCUUCGAUCUCUUCUGUUUUACGGCUUAUGGGAAGGUCAAGGACAGGACUGCUGCUUUCUUCAUUUUUCA